UAAUUAGCAUUGAUUGUCAUUUGUCAGUAGUGUUUGGUUUGGCGUUUAAUUUUCGGUUAUCAGUAUUUUGCCAAACAAAUCUAUAAAUAUCUGGAAUAUAAUGAUAUGUUUUUAAAAUUUCCCCUCUCAUAAAACGUUCGGUUGACCGAAAGUAAACAACAGUCUGUGAAUCCUCAAAUAUUCUAUUCAUGAUACAAGAAGUUCCCUGACAUGGCCGAUAAUGAUGAUUAUUUAGACUCGAUUGACAACAAUCAUCUAGACGGAACCAACGGUUCCCUAAACAUGACCGACAGCAGCCUAGGCGGUGGGGAUGAGGCAGCAGGAGGCGAGGUGCCCGACCUGGCCGCCAUCAAGGCGCGCGUGCGUGAGAUGGAGGAGGAGGCGGAGAAGCUCAAACAGAUGCAGACCGAGGUGGACAAGCAGAUGAGCAUGGGCAGCCCGCCUGGCCUCACAAGUCCACUGAACAUGUCAAUCGAGGAGAAGAUAGAGGCAGACAACAGAUCCGUGUAUGUGGGCAACGUGGACUAUGGGGCCACAGCUGAGGAACUUGAACAACAUUUUCAUGGCUGUGGCUCAAUUAAUAGGGUUACAAUAUUAUGUAAUAAGUUUGAUGGACAUCCCAAAGGAUUUGCGUACAUAGAGUUUGGAGACAAAGACAGUGUACAGACCGCCAUGGCUAUGGACGAGUCAUUAUUUAGGGGGCGUCAAAUUAAGGUGAUGCCGAAGCGCACGAACAAGCCGGGGCUGUCGUCCACGAACCGGCCGCCGCGCGGCGCGCGCGGGCGCGGGCGCGGGUUCCGCGGCGGCUACUCGUCCUACUACUCCGGCUACCGGCCCGUGCGGCGCGGCAGAGGUUACAGGCGCGGCAUGUAUUACUCCCCGUACUGAGUGCGGUGCAGGGGCCGCCGCCCGCUGGCGAUGGCGCGGCGCCGCGCGUAGCCAUAGCGCUGUAACGUUAGUGGACCGGACGCCGCCGCCGCACCGGACUAGGCUCCAGCCGCCCGCACCGCUCGUGAGAAUUUAUGUUUAGAUUAUGGUACACGUUUUUUUCCACCGCACCGUCGCCACUGCCGGACCUGUCGUCUACAAAAUAGUGCUCCCGGUCCCGCUUGUCGUUCUGCCAGAUCUGACUACAUUGAAAAAAGUAUUAUAGGUAGAAAGUACCAUAUUACUGUUAACCUACAUUUACGGAACCGCGAGCGGACCGUGAAUGCUAUGUGUCACCGAGGUCAUCGGAACGAAUUCUACUACCUAUGUCUGGUUGAUGCAGAUAUAGACACAUUAUUAAAUAGGAAAUAUAAGGGAAGAACGGCUCGUAUAUGUUUAAGCCUAUUGAAAUUGAAAUAGUAUGUAAGAGAAAUUUAAUAUUGAUGAAGGUGACUACAAAUUAUUUUAAAUGACUCGGAAUUCUAUUGACCGGUGUGAAUCUUAUCUAAAUAUAGAUAAUUAAUUGUAAGCGUUUGUUGAGCGUGGAUAGGCGUGCCUAAUAAUUUUGUUAGACGUUCGAUCUUGUAGCAUUAAUCGCGUAUUAGAUGUUAUUAAUACGAGGUGAAGGUAUGCAAAAAUGCAGACAGCAUUAGAGUAUGUAGAAAUGCUAGCCACAAGUUUCAAGUAUGAAUUAUCAAUUAUAAUGAUAUACAGUAUUUUUCUUGUAUUGUGUUGUGCCGAUUUUUCUUGUCGUUGUAAGAUCACUAUUAAAUAUUACAUUUUUUUAAAUAGAAGUAAUUUGUCACAUUUUGUUGUAUAAUGGAUGUUCCAUAAUGUGUCAGUGAAUUAAUUUAUGUCAAUUUAUAUUUCCUGUAUAUUUUUUUUGAAAAGAAAUGAAAUAGCACUCUAAAAGUAUUAUAUAAAUGCAAAAAAAUGUGCUGAAUGAAUGAGAAAUGAUAAUUAAGAUUAAUUUUAAGAGCGAA